AUGAUAAAAUUUUCGCGGCAACCGUGUCUGACGCAGACGAGAGAGAUCCCCUGAUUCUACAGAAGGUCAACGACAGCGUCCUUGUGAGAACUAUCACACGGGACUCCAUUUUCCUAAAUGAGCCUAAUUUUGUGAGCUCAUAUGACAAAAACGACAAGGUUUUCUUCUUUUUUCGUGAAACUGCCGUGGAGAAUAUCAACUGCGGAAAGGCCGUGUUUUCUCGGGUGGCUCGUGUCUGUAAGAACGACCGUGGGUCAGAGACCCAUCAAAAUACGUUCACAUCGUUUUUCAAAGCUAGAUUAAACUGCUCAAUACCUGGAGAGUACCCGUUUUACUUUGACGAAAUCCAGGCAACCUCGGAGUUCGGGCAGGGCAACUACAUGCCGACCUCAGACAGCGGAGACAGGGCUGACAUGAUCUAUGGUGUCUUCAACACACCAGAAAAUGCCAUCAGAGGGUCUGCGGUGUGUGCCUUUGCUUAUUCUGACAUUGAGAACACUUUCAAGGGAAGGUUCAAAGGACAGGAGUCCUACUUACAUAACUGGCUGCCCAUUGGAUGGGACGAUACGCCCAAGCCACAGCCCGUCAUGUGUACCAGUGACAGUCAACAACUUUCCUACAGCACUCUCAACUUUAUUAAAAAACACCCUCUGAUGGAUGAUGCGGUACCAUCUCUGGGCAGACGGCCCAUGCUGGUCUUCACCAGUUUCAAGUCAAAGUUUACACAGAUUGCCAUUGACUGGCAGGUUCUGGCAGCAGAUGGGAAAUACUAUGACGUCAUGUUUGUAGGAACAGAUGAUGGACGGGUUAUCAAAGCUAUCAACAAAGGAACGCAGAAAGUAGAGUCUGUGGUAAUAGAGGACAUUCAGGUCCUAGACGUGGAUGAUGCCGUGGUCAACUUAAAAGUGUUAAAAAGCCGCCCUGACCAGAAUUCAGAAUCUUUGGUUGUGGUGUCCAAGCGGAAGGUCGUUUCCAUUCCUUUACAGCGCUGCAGUCGUGUGACCACAUGCAAAGACUGUAUAGCCUUACAAGAUCCGUAUUGUGUCUGGGAUGAACAUCUCAAGUGUUCCUGGGCUCAGUCUGGGAUACAAAACAUCACGUAUGGCAAACACAGCAGCUGUAAAGAACAACCAAAAGAACGAGAGGUAACCACGGCAACGCCUUCUGUUAUUGAGUCCCAGCAAAAAUGUUCGUGUCCCGCCAGAAACCUGAUGGGACCCCACAGCCGAGACAGCCAGGAUAAUGAGAAAGAAAAAUCCACAAAGCUGCCAAACUUGGAUGCCACCAAGGAAGUGGCAGAGGAAGAAGAUGGUGAAGGUCGGGUAGCUGCAGCCAAAGCUGUGCUGUACAGAGGGAUUGAAGAAGAGUAUCUGAUCAUCGCAGUGAUUCUCUCCGUCAUCAUAUCACUGGUUGUUGGCUUCAUCAUGGGCUAUAAAAUCCAGUCCUGUCGCUAUCGUCGUGACAGAGACAGUACAUUCUAUGAUCGAAACUGCUCCUCCCUUCAGCGGGGUCGUAACAGGCUGUCCUCAGGGGACAACCCUUAUUUUCAUACGGACCACUUAAGUCUGGCACCGAAACAGAUGAACUACGUGGUCAACCUAAAGCCAGGGAAAACCAACACAGGUGUGGAGACAAAACCAGUGACAAAGUCUAAUAAAGUUUAUUUGUAA